AUGCAACGAUCUACCUUGACCAAGCUCGACUCCAUCCUGCGUACCGGCAAUUGCUUUGUGAGGGAGUUCGCAUCAGCCAAAGCUCGCGCAGGUUAGGAUACGGCCAAAGAGUGGAUCCUGCGCCUCUGCCUCCCGCCAGGCCGAGACCGACGCACCGACAACCUUCCUACGUCAAGCACGGAAAUGGCGAUGCUUAUCUGCAAGUCCGACACCAACACGGGAGAUCGUGGACCGCAAGAUCUUAUUCUCCAGGUGCACGGUGAUCGAUGUGCCGACGGUCGGCCCAAGUACCAAGUCGUUAGCUCGCUCCAUCCGUCCGCGAUGCCUCUCCGUUACCCACUACUAUUUCCUGCAGGGGAAGAUGGCUUCCACCCCAACAUUCCUCUGUGCGGGUUCCACCGAGCCGGGCCGCCAAUAGCCAGAAACCGAGAGCAGAUCGACAAUGGUGUCCAAUUGCGCGAGGUACUUGCCGGUCUCGGUCUGGAUGACGAAGACGAAGAGGAGGACGAAGACCGCGACGAUGAGGAUGAAGACAGCGAGGAAGGUGAAGGUGAACGUAAGCGUCUUCGGCUCUUUCUCACGUCUUCCAUUCUGUUGAGAUGCAAGCACAGACUGACAUAGAAUGUCUGAACAUCUAGCACGAAGAUCAAGGAGAAGGGCUCGAGGUGGAUCAACCCGAGUCUUGCGUUCCCAAUUCUUUGCAUACUACUUUCACGAACGCGGCAACAAUCUCUCGCUCCCGCGUUCCACCCGGCGUCUCUUUCUCGAGGUUCGUGAUCGACGGAUACUCCCAAGUCGAGAUCGAUCGACUGAACUCCAUCCGUUUGCAUCAAGAAAACCUGCGCCUCACCACGGCCCAAGGCAUCGCUGAAGCUGUUGCCAACGGCUUGACCCCGGAUCAAAUGGGACGUUCGGUGAUUUUUGGGCUCGAUCAACGUUGAAGAACAGGCCGUGCGAGAUCACGCAGGUUACCAAGGUACGAUGGCUUGCGUCUUCAAAUAUGAAAAGCCUUCGCUGUUCAUCACGGUGACGUGCAUCCCCGGACGGUCGGAAAUCCUGGCUGCACUCGGGCCAAAGGACCAAGCAUGCAACCGUCCGGAUCUCAUUGCACGAGUGUUUGAAGCCAAGCUGAACCGACUCUGCGACGACGGCAACAAGCAAGGUGCAGGCUGUUUCGGCGUCGUUCUGAUGCAUACACACGUGAUCGAUUAUCCGUCGAGGCAGCCGAAACUGAGGGUGGGAUGGCGCCCGAUCUGAUUUCGCUGGUGUAUCUGCAUUCAAUCAACCCGUCCGACUUCCCCGCGCAUCGCUUGCGUCUCAAGGAAGGGAUCCCUGUAGUUCUUCGCAAUCUGGACCCAGACGCCGGCCUCUGCAACGGUACUUGCCUUAUCGUCUUGCACGCAAGAUCGCACGUCAUUCCAGCCAUCAUCUUGACCGGAGAUUGA